AUGUCUGACACCACUGGCCAGACCAUCAAGUGCAAAGCUGCAAUUUCAUGGGAGGCAGGGAAGCCGCUGGUGAUUGAAGAAGUAGAGGUGGCGCCACCCCAAGCAGGGGAAGUCCGUUUGAAGAUCCACUUCACCUCUCUUUGCCACACCGAUGUUUAUUUCUGGGAAGCCAAGGGCCAGACUCCAUUGUUUCCUCGCAUUUUUGGCCAUGAAGCUUCAGGCGUUGUGGAGAGCAUCGGCCAGGGUGUGACUCAUUUGCAACCAGGAGACCAUGCUCUCCCUGUGUUCACAGGAGAGUGUGGGGAAUGCGUUCAUUGUAAGUCAGAAGAGAGCAACAUGUGUGAGCUCCUUAGGAUCAACACCGAUAGGGGUGUCAUGAUCAGUGAUGGCAAAUCAAGGUUCUCUAAGGAUGGAAAACCCAUAUACCAUUUCUUGGGAACCUCUACAUUCAGUGAAUACACUGUUGUUCAUGCUGGAUGUGUUGCAAAGAUCAACCCUGCUGCUCCACUUGAUAAAUCUUGUGUUCUCAGUUGUGGAAUUUGCACAGGUCUUGGUGCUACUGUUAAUGUUGCGAAACCAAAACCUGGUUCGUCUGUUGUCAUUUUCGGACUUGGAGCUGUUGGCCUUGCAGCUGCAGAAGGGGCAAGGAUUUCAGGUGCUUCAAGAAUCAUUGGAGUUGAUUUAGUUCCAGCACGAUUUGAAGAAGCUAAGAAGUUUGGGGUUAAUGAGUUUGUGAACCCAAAGGAUCAUGAUAAACCUGUACAACAGGUAAUUGCUGAAAUGACCAAUGGAGGUGCUGAUCGGGCUAUUGAAUGCACUGGCAGCAUCCAGGCCAUGAUUUCAGCAUUUGAAUGUGUCCACGAUGGUUGGGGUCUUGCUGUACUUGUUGGUGUGCCUAAUAAAGAUGAUGCAUUCAAAACUGCUCCUAUUAACUUCCUGAAUGAGAGGACUCUUAAGGGCACCUUUUAUGGUAACUACAAACCACGCACUGAUCUUCCUUCUGUUGUGGAAAAGUACAUGAGUGGGGAACUACAAGUGGAUAAAUUCAUCACUCACUCAGUUCCAUUCUCAGAGAUCAACAAAGCAUUUGAUUACAUGCUGAAAGGACAGUCCAUUAGGUGUAUUAUCCGCAUGCAAGAGUAA